AUGUCUUCCUCUGCACAUUGUUUCGGGACCAACUUCCUUGGGCGCCUUAAAAGCCCCAUCUGUAGCUCCAAUGCUGAGCAAGAUGACCACCAUCUGCCCAAGUUUGAGCCCUUUGGGGAGGCUGUGGCAGUGCCCCGUGGACCCUCCAGUGAUGCCGCCUUAAAAUGUGUGAGUGUGGACAUGAUGCAAAAUGAGAACAAGAGGGACCACCACUGUCACUUGUACGAAGGCAAAAACAACAUUCUAAUCAUCCGUAGGGCCCAGGAGUUUAAGAUGAACCUCCAUUUCAACCAGCCUGUAAAACCCAGCGACAAAUUCCAGAUUGAGUUUUACAUUGGUAUCGAUACCAACGUGUUGAAUGGUACAAAGAUCAUCAUAUCCUUUGAUAGCUCAAGAAAUGGGAAGUGGACCGGCCGCAUGAUACAGAAACUAGGGGACAAGUGCGUGGUGGGCAUCACCCCUUCCGCGAGCGCCAUCAUCGGAAAGUACUACACGAAUGUGGCGGUCAUCGGUUCCAAUGGAAUCUCCAGGACACCAAAGGACCCCAGAACUGACUUCUACCUCCUGUUCAACGCCUGGGCGUUCAAAGAUGAAGUGUACAUUCCCAACGAGCAAGACAGGCAGGAGUAUGUGAUGAACGAAAAUGGCUGCAUAUACCAGGUGGAAUCAGGUGGUGGAAGGCAAUGGUUUUAUGGUCAGUUUGGGGAAGGGAUUCUCGAUGCUUGUUUCCAAAUCUUGGAUAACUCACACAUGCCUCUAGUAAACAGAGGCGAUGUUGUCAAAGUCUGCAGGAUAGGAGCUGCAAUGAUGAAUUCCCAAGAUGACCAAGGGGUCUUGGUGGGCAACUGGAGUGAUGACUACUCCCUUGGCACUGCACCAACCUUCUGGAUUGGCAGCGACCAGAUCCUGCUCCAGUACGCCAACCAAGGGCCUGUCAGCUAUGCCCAGUGCUGGGUCUACGCCGGGACAUUGAACACCUUGCUGAGGUGUCUGGGCAUCCCUGCCAGGGUGAUCACCAACUUCAACUCCGCCCACGACAACACAGGGAACAUAAUCACGGAUCUCAUCUUCAACUCUGUGGGAAAUCGACUUGAACUGAACGAACGCCUUACCAGGGACUCUAUCUGGAACUACCACUGCUGGAACGAGGCUUACAUGUCCAGACCUGACCUCCCCGCAAUCCAUGACUUAGGUGGCUGGCAGGUGGUGGAUGCCACCCCUCAGGAAACCAGUGAUGGAUAUUACCGCUGUGGACCUUGCUCUGUCAAAGCCAUCAAGAAAGGAAUGCUCGGCUAUCAAUUUGAUGCCCCGUUUGUGUUUGCUGAGGUGAAUAGCAACGUUCACCACCACAAGCUAGACACACGAACUGGGAGAACCGAGUUACAACAAGUGGACACAACCUAUAUCGGCAAGAAAGUAGUGACGAAGUCCGUUGGUGGAAACAAUUAUGAGCCAAUGGACAUUACACAGACAUACAAAUACCCAGAAGGCAGCGAUAAGGAUAAAGAGACCAUGAAGAAAGCCGAGAGAACCUACAAGCUACGUAUGCAAGACGACGACGAGCAGGAGAUCCCAGAGGCUAACGUGGAGAUGACGCUGGAGACACCAGUGGAGCCGGUGAUGAUUGGCCAUGACUUCCAGAUGGCUGUGGUCUUCAGGAACCUUAGUGAAGACACACGCACCAUCCAUGGCUUCCUGGUGGGCUCCACGGUGUACUACACCAACAUCCAAAGAGCUCAGUUCAAGCAGGAGAGCUUUGACGUCACUCUGAACCCCAUGGAUACGUCGAGAGUACAGGUGGGUGUGCUUGCCCAGAAGUACAUGCCCCAGCUGGGUUGCUUGUCCAAUCUGCGCUUCGUGGUGACGGCCAAGAGCAUGGAGAACAACCAGGACAUGACGGCCAUGCAGAUAGUGAACCUGGAAGGCCCCGAGCUGGUCUUUUCGAUGAGUGGACCAGCGCAGGUGAACCAGGAGGUAGUUGUCAAGGUGGAGUUCACCAACCCGCUCCCAUUCAGCCUGCGUGACGUGAGGAUGGCCAUGCAAGGGCCUAAUUUUAUGGCAUACCGGGAAAAGUUGUACAGUGAGAUCGCUACCGGCGCCUCCAUCACCUGGAUGGAGUCAUUUGUCCCUACGAGGUCUGUGAAUACAAUGAUCUAUGCUGUCCUGGACUGCUCGGUCCUUGGGAAUGUGCAAGGCAAUUGGGCCAUCUGCAUCCAGGCCUGAUCAUUGUCCAGGGAACCCCUCCCACCUGUUAAUCACCUGCCAUCGACUGGAAAACCAUGGACAAACAGAGGCUGUUGUGUAGAUCUGAAAGGAUUUGAUUGGUGGAUAAGAAAUUCCACCUAGCCUAUGAGAGGGCUAGAUUCAGCUAAUACCAUAUCCCUUACGGAAAAAACACUUGAUUUCACGUGGAAAAUCACAUGAUCACACUUCAGAUCUGAUUAUAUUUCACAUGAAGAUUCACAUGUGGAUUUUCACUUGUGAAAUCAUGUGAAACCAUGUGUUUUUGGAACACUUCACAUGUGAUGAUAUUUCACAUGUGAAUAUUCUAAAGAGAUUUCACAGGUGAUGCCCUACAAACAAAAUUAAGUUGUUUAAAUAGAUACACAAACAGUACUUUUAACAUACUAUAUUGUUUUCAACAUAUAUAUUUGAAUCACUUUGACAUACAUGAUUACAUUGUGUAUGUUUAUUUAUACAGUAAGUAUUAUUCAACAUGUCCUCAUCUGGAAUUUGAACCCACAACCUCCUGGUUCACGACAUCCCGACUUUCCUGCUACUCCACCAUGUCUGUGUCAAUGACAGAUUUAACCUACGCUUUGGGUUUAAGUAAAGUAAAUUCAAGCUUUGUUAAAAAUACACUCAAGAAAAACUUUUAUAUUCAUCAUAUUGAUUCAGGAGUAACAUUAAAACAGAAUAAAAUGCCCCGACAACAUUAGACAACUAUACAGAAAAGUUCUCAAAUUGCUGAAAUAAGUAUAUGAAAUAAAUGAGGAAAGAAUAGUCGGAUUAACUAAUCUAGAAGUGCAGAUGGCACUCUUUUGCUAAAUGGAGAGAUGUAUUAUAGGUAAUGAAUGAGUAGAGGAACUCUACAGACUUUGCCGAGCAGCAGAAAAGUCAGUGUAGCCCAAAUCCAGAGGUUGUGAAUUCUAAUCCAAGUUGAGGUCAUAUUGAAAAGUCAGUUCUUAGUAAUCAUGUCAAAUGUAAUCAUGUUCAUAUGUUUUCACCUCACAUGUGAUUUGCAGAUUCACAUUUGAAAUUUGCAAAAUCUAACUCUCACGUGGAAUUUAUUUUUCACAUGAAAAACUUUCUCAUGUGAAAAUCUAAUUUUCACUUUCACUUGUGAAAAACGUUCACAUGAAAAUCUAACUCGCACAUGUGGAAUUGCAUUUUCACAUGUGAAAAACCUUCACAUCUGAAAAUAAAAUUUUCUGUUUCACAUGUGACAUUUUGUGGCGUGGAAAUCAAGUCAAAUCAAAUCAAAUUUUAUUGGCCACAUGCGCCGAAUACAACAGGUGCAGACAUUACAGUGAAAUG